AUUUCAUUCGAUAUCCUCUGCCCACUCAAGAGUCAAGCUCAAUUCGCCACCAUGUCCGAUCCCGCGCCGAAGUGCUCUGGGGCUGAUUGCGAAAAUGACGCUGGUAGCUUACAAUGCCCAACAUGCCUGGAGCUGGGUAACAAGAGCAGCUUCUUCUGUAAUCAAGACUGUUUCAAAAGGAACUGGAUCACCCACAAGGCGAUUCACAAGACACAAAAUGCUAGCGGGCUUCACAACCCUUUCCCGACAUAUCCAUACUCAGGGUCUGUCAGAGCAGUGUACCCACUCUCCCCGCGACGACCGGUGCCAAAGACAAUAAAGCAUCCAGACUGGGCCAAGGAUGGCAUCCCCAAGCGGGAGAUGCGCUUGAGCCGCUCCAAAUGGGAUCUCUUGGAUACAGCGGGUCAGGAGGCUAUGCGCAAGGUGUGCAGGCUGGCCCGAGAAGUACUUGAUAUCACCGCUGCGGCGAUUAAGCCCGGCGUGACCACAGACUAUCUCGAUGAAAUCUGUCACCAGGCCUGUGUGGAGCGGCAGUCAUAUCCUUCUCCACUCAACUACAACCAUUUCCCAAAGUCAUUGUGCACAUCACCCAAUGAGGUUGUGUGCCACGGCAUCCCCGAUCAGCGAAUCCUUCUUGACGGUGACAUCCUCAAUCUCGAUAUUUCUUUGUAUCAUGGUGGAUAUCAUGCCGACGUGAAUGAGACCUACUACGUUGGCGACAAGGCUAAAGCGGACCCGGACUCGAUCAGAGUCAUUGAAACGACACGAGAGGCCUUGGACAUGGCCAUAGCUACAGUCAAGCCAGGUACACCGAUUCGAGAGUUUGGUAAGAUUAUCGAGAAGCACGCGGUCUCCAGGGGCCUGGCCGUCGUCAAGACUUGGGGUGGCCACGGAAUCAACUCCGAGUUCCACCCUCCUCCUUGGAUUCCCCAUUACGCGAAGAACAAGGCUGUCGGAACAUGUAAACCUGGGAUGACGUUCACCAUUGAACCUAUCUUGACUCUGGGUACGAACCGUGAAAUGAACUGGCCAGAUGAUUGGACAAAUGUCACGAUGGACGGUAAACGAACAGCACAAUUCGAGCAUACCAUGCUUGUCACAGAAACAGGCGUCGAAGUUUUGACGGCGCGACUUGAGAACUCCCCAGGAGGGCCGAUCCCUAUUCCGGAGGUUGUAAUCGAUGUAGCAAAGAAGCAAUGA